GGCAGGGGAUUGCAAAUCUCAUCAUGACGGCAAAGCGGAGUAUAAAGAAGUCAGAAGAAGACGUCCCUGUUCCACCUCUAUUCGAAAGUGCUGCUCUCUGGGGUGUGUUCCUGGGGUUAUCUUCCAACGCACGUUACCAAAUCAUCAACGGGCUGGAACGGGUAGUGGAAGGUUCUACAGCAGCCAAACGCAUCCCUGUUGUUGCGAUGGCGUUUACGGUUGGAGUCCGGUUCGCUAACAAUGUAUAUGGCGGUAUGCAGUUUGUUGAUUGGGCUAAGUUAUCCGGCGUCCAGUAGUCUAACCGGCUCGGUUUUGUUUAGUCUGAUGGAGCUAUUGGUUAUUGAACGUCGUUAGUGGUUAGGUUAGUUACCGAGAGUUAUAGAAAGAGUCUGGUUCUUGAUAUGAACCGAAUUCUUCUAACCGGGUUACUCGAUACAACACUUUCGAUUUCGUUUUGCUAUCGUAGUUCUCCAGUUUCCUUUAUACUAGUAUGCAAUAAUGACAUUUUCAUAUCAUUGAAUAAGAAAAAUAGAAUGUUUCCAUUGUUAAA